CCUUAGGUUCACUCUACAUUUACGAUCAGACUUAAUGAUUCUGCCUGUUCCGGUUCACCUCGCCAUGCGUUAUUCCUUGAUUUCAUCUCAGUCCAGACUUCAAUCCCGUCUGAAACAUCACUUGCGCUUAAAAAAGCGGAAGCUUGUCCUCUUUGACUAUUCCACCUUGAAACCUUUUACUCGUCCUCCCUGUCGCUGUCAACAUGAACCGCUACAAUCGGUUUGAAUCUUUCGAAGGGAGGUAUGGAACCGUAGCGGAACAUACCGGCAUUUUCAAUGCCAACUUCAACGAUGGAAGAGUCGAAGACCAGGGAUCGCUCUCAGGUUCGGAGGACGACGCUGGCAGCUAUCUGUUGUAUCCAGAUGCAAACAAGACGGACGCAGACACUGACGACGACGCAAACACCUCCCUGACAUCCCAAACCUUGAAUGCUGAUGGUACGCCUAAGCGUCCCAUGAAUGCAUUCAUGAUUUUUGCUCGCAGGAGACGACCCCAAGUCUCCGCGGAAAAUCAAUCAAUGCGAACAGGGGAUGUCAGCAAAAUCUUAAGUCGAGAAUGGAAUGCUAUGGACUUGUCCGACAAGCAAUUUUACCUUGAUCAAGCUAAACACCUCAAGGAUAAUUUCAAUCUCAAGUACCCGGAUUACGUUUACAGACGGAGACCGAACAACAGCCGUAAAAAGCGAAGAGCAGACUCCACAGGCGCCUCAGGCGACCAGUCCUCCAAUCCAGAGUAUGGCGAGAUAUCUCCUGUCGACUACCAUCAUGAUUCUCAAGAAAGAUACGAGAGCAGUGGACCAGACGUCCCGUCGAGUUACCAACUGGGUGAUUCUUCGCAAUAUCAUGCGUAUGGUGAAAGUGAUAGACGGGCGUCGUACUUAUCUUCUCAUGGGCGCGCCACGCCUGACGUCGUUAUGGGACCGUCCACAUCCGCAUCUCGUGGAUCAACUAGUGCUGGUUAUUUCCCCCCCUUCGUGCCCAACGCACCUCAUGCCCCGUCCGCUUCUUACUUCCCCAGUCAGAGUGGAAGCGAAGGGCAGUGGCACCCCUCCAGUCGCUCCAGUCGAGAUGAUUUAGGACGCACACCCGUCCAGCCUUGGUCGCAGAGUGGCUCAGAUUCGUCUCCAGCGUGUUGGUCGCAAAAUGGCUCAGAACCGUCUCCACACGCUGGAGACGAUAGGCACCGUCAGUACCAGGCAUCACCACCAUCAUGGGGUGCUAGUAACUCGCAGCCACUAGCUUCGAACAAUCCAUCGGUUCAUUCCUCGGGCUAUGGCUUUCCGACGCUAAACUCUCCUUUCUAUCCGUCUCAGAGCAGUUCCCAUAGCGUCUAUUCAGCCCAACAGUCCCAAAUUUCAGACGUUUCUCAUCACUACAGCGCUGUUGACCACGUUCAAGAGAGCUCAGGAGCAUCCAGGCAAGAGGCUGCAUACCACGGUCGUUAUUCCCCAGUUUCCACCGCACAUGCGGGAUAUCCGCAAAGUAGUAACUCAACCGUGCAUCAAUACCAUGCGCAAUCUCGGAAUAUUCUUGUGUCGACACCGUUGCCACCUGCGCAGUCAAUGCCGGUAUACUCGCACACGCAGAGCACAACUUCCCCCGCUGGGUCGGGCACGGACUCUGCCUCUCAAUUCCAGUAGUGCGCUGAAUCUUGUCGAACAUUAGAGGAUCGGAAGGAUGAUUUCUUACGCUUCUCCGCACUGUAGACGCCUGAUCUUACAGGGUUCCACCUAUCUUUAGUUCAUCGUUGACGCUACUGAGCUCAUCUGGUAUCACCUUGACACUGUUCUCGCGCUCUUCGCAUAUCGCAUGUUUUUGCUCUGCUCCGCUUUUUAGUACCCGCAUUGUACAUUACUGUCAAGUAUCUGAACAUUUAUCAUACUCCUGC